ACACCAUAUGUGCCCUGUCCCAGUGCGCGGGUCUGUGGAGAGCCGGGUGCGAGAGGCGGCAGCGCGGGCGGGACGGAGCCGAACGGAGACCGAAAUCAGCCGGUGGACAGUGGAUCUGUGAGAGACCGAAUAGAAGGGUUGGGGCCACGAGUGCCGCUGUCACGCGAUGGGGAAGAAGCAGAAAAACAAGAGCGAGGACAGUGCCAAGGAUGACAUUGAUCUUGAUGCCUUGGCUGCAGAAAUAGAAGGAGCUGGUGCUGCCAAGGAACAGGAGCCUCAAAAGUCCAAGGGGAAGAAGAAAAAGGAGAAAAAAAGGCAAGACUUUGAUGAAGAUGAUAUUCUGAAAGAACUGGAAGAAUUGUCUUGGGAGGCUCAAGGCAUCAAAGCUGACAGAGAAAGUGCUGCAGUAAAGCCAACAGACAAUAAUGAAGAAGAACCCACCUCAAAGCAAGAUAAAAAAAAGAAAGGACAGAAAGGCAAAAAACAAAGUUUUGAUGAUAAUGAUAGUGAAGAAUUAGAAGAUAAGGAUUCCAAAUCAAAAAAGACUGCAAAACUGAAAGUGGAAAUGUACUCUGGGAGUGAUGAUGAUGAUGAUUUUAAAAAACUUUCUCAAAAAGCUAAAGGGAAAGCUCAAAAAUCAAAUAAAAGGUUGGAUGGGUCAGAAGAGGAUGAGGAUAACAGUAAGAGAAUUAAAGAUCGUUCCAGAGUAAAUUCUUCAGGGGAAAGUGAUGCUGAAUCAGAUGAAUUUUUGCAGUCUAGAAAAGGACAGAAAAAAAAUCAGAAGAAUAAGCCAUGUUCUACUGUAGAGAGUGGGAAUGAAGAUGAAGACUCCUCUUUCAAAAUUAAGACAGUGGCCCAAAAGAAGGCAGAAAAGAAAGAGCGAGAAAGAAAAAAGCGAGACGAAGAAAAGGCAAAAGUACGGAAGCUGAAAGAAAAAGAAGAAUUGGAAACUGGUAAAAAGGAUCAGAGUAAACAAAAAGAACCCCCCAAAAAAUCUGAAGAGGAAACUGUAAAAUCCAAGACGACUUUUGAUACUGGAGCAGCCCCUGCCUCUGACGAGAAAGGAGAGGUACCCAUAGCCGUCGAAGAUGACAAUGAAGGAGACAAAAAGAAAAAAGAUAAGAAGAAAAAGAAAAUAGAAAAGGAGGACAAAGAGAAAGAGAAGAAAAAAGGACCUAGCAAAGCCACAGUUAAAGCUAUGCAGGAAGCUCUGGCUAAGCUUAAGGAAGAAGAAGAGAGACAGAAGCGAGAAGAGGAAGAGCGAAUAAAGCGGCUGGAAGAAUUGGAAGCCAAGCGUAAAGAAGAGGAAAGAUUGGAACAAGAAAAAAGAGAAAAGAAGAAGCAAAAAGAAAAAGAAAGAAAAGAACGCUUGAAAAAAGAAGGGAAACUUUUAACUAAAUCUCAGAGAGAAGCCAGAGCCAGAGCUGAAGCUACCCUUAAACUUCUACAAGCUCAGGGAGUUGAAGUGCCAUCAAAAGACUCUUUGCCAAAGAAAAGGCCAAUUUAUGAAGAUAAAAAGAAGAAAAAAUCUCCACAGCAGCUAGAAAAUAAAGAAGUGUCUGAGCCAAUAGAAUUAAGUGCUGCUAUAGAAGUUGUGGAACAAGGAGUACCAGAAAAAGAAGAGUCACCACCUCCUGUUGAACCAGAAGAGGAAGAAGAAACUGAGGAUGCUGGACUGGAUGACUGGGAAGCUAUGGUCAGUGAUGAGGAGAGAGAAAAAGAAGGGAACACAGUGCAUAUAGAAGUAAAAGAAAACCCUGAAGAGGAGGAAGAGGAAGAAGAAGAGGAAGAAGAGGAGAGUGAAGAGGAUGAGGAAGAUGAAGGAGAAAGUGAAGGCAGUGAAGGUGAAGAAGAUGAGGAAAAGAUGUCAGAUGAGAAAGAUUCAGAGAAAACAUUAGAUAAAAAGCCAAGUAAAGAAAUAAGCUCAGAAUCUGAAUAUGACUCGGAUGAUGAUAGAACUAAAGAAGAAAGGGCUUAUGACAAAGCAAAACGGAGGAUUGAGAAACGACGACUUGAACAUAGUAAAAAUGUAAAUACAGAAAAGCUAAGAGCCCCUGUUAUUUGUGUACUUGGACAUGUGGACACAGGGAAGACAAAAAUUCUAGAUAAGCUCCGUCACACACAUGUACAAGAUGGUGAAGCAGGUGGUAUCACACAGCAAAUAGGUGCCACCAAUGUUCCCCUUGAAGCUAUUAAUGAACAGACUAAGAUGAUUAAAAAUUUUGACAGGGAGAACUUACGGAUUCCAGGAAUGCUGAUUAUUGACACCCCUGGGCAUGAGUCUUUCAGUAAUCUGAGAAACAGAGGCAGCUCUCUUUGUGAUAUUGCCAUUUUAGUUGUUGAUAUUAUGCAUGGUUUGGAGCCCCAGACAAUUGAAUCUAUCAACCUUCUGAAAUCUAAAAAAUGUCCAUUUAUUGUUGCACUCAAUAAGAUUGAUAGGCUGUAUGAUUGGAAAAAAAGCCCUGACUCCGAUGUGGCGGCCACUUUAAAGAAACAGAAAAAGAACACAAAAGAUGAAUUUGAGGAGCGAGCAAAGGCUAUUAUAGUGGAAUUUGCACAGCAGGGUUUGAAUGCGGCUUUGUUUUAUGAGAAUAAAGAUCCCCGCACUUUUGUGUCCUUGGUACCUACCUCUGCACAUACUGGUGAUGGAAUGGGAAGUCUCAUCUAUCUGCUUGUCGAGUUAACGCAGACCAUGCUGAGCAAGAGACUGGCACACUGUGAAGAGCUGAGAGCACAGGUGAUGGAGGUUAAGGCUCUCCCAGGAAUGGGCACCACUAUAGAUGUAAUAUUGAUCAAUGGGCGUUUGAAGGAAGGAGAUACAAUUAUUGUUCCUGGAGUAGAAGGGCCUAUUGUGACUCAGAUCCGAGGCCUCCUGCUGCCUCCACCGAUGAAGGAGUUACGCGUGAAGAACCAGUAUGAAAAGCACAAAGAAGUAGAAGCAGCUCAGGGGGUAAAGAUUCUUGGCAAAGACCUGGAGAAAACAUUGGCUGGUUUACCCCUCCUGGUGGCAUAUAAAGAGGAUGAAAUCCCGGUGCUUAAAGAUGAAUUGAUCCAUGAGUUAAAGCAGACACUAAAUGCUAUCAAAUUAGAAGAAAAAGGAGUUUAUGUCCAGGCAUCUACACUGGGCUCUUUGGAAGCUCUACUGGAAUUUCUGAGAACAUCAGAAGUGCCCUAUGCAGGAAUCAACAUUGGUCCAGUCCAUAAAAAAGACGUUAUGAAGGCUUCAGUGAUGUUGGAACAUGAUCCUCAGUACGCCGUCAUUCUGGCCUUUGAUGUGAGAAUCGAACGGGAUGCACAAGAAAUGGCUGAUAGUUUAGGAGUUAGAAUUUUUAGUGCAGAAAUUAUUUAUCAUUUAUUUGAUGCCUUUACAAAAUAUAGACAAGACUACAAGAAACAGAAACAAGAAGAGUUUAAGCACAUAGCGGUAUUUCCCUGCAAGAUGAAAAUCCUCCCUCAGUAUAUUUUCAAUUCUCGAGAUCCAAUAGUGAUGGGUGUGACUGUGGAAGCAGGUCAGGUGAAACAAGGGACCCCCAUGUGUGUCCCUAGCAAAAAUUUUGUUGACAUUGGAAUAGUAACAAGUAUUGAGAUAAACCAUAAACAAGUGGAUGUUGCAAAAAAAGGACAAGAAGUCUGUGUCAAAAUAGAACCCAUCCCUGGUGAAUCUCCCAAAAUGUAUGGGAGACAUUUUGAAGCUACAGAUAUUCUCGUCAGUAAGAUCAGCCGGCAGUCCAUCGAUGCUCUGAAAGACUGGUUCAGAGACGAGAUGCAGAAGAGUGACUGGCAGCUUAUUGUGGAGCUGAAGAAAGUAUUUGAAAUCAUCUAAUUUUUCCACAUGGAGCAAGAAUUGGAGUAAAUGCAAGAAAAAAAAAAGAUUAAAAAAGUGGAACGGAAGGAAAAAAAUAGAUGUAUAAAAUGUUUUCCAUGAGAAACCAAGAAACUUACACUGGUUUGACAGUGGUCGAAUAUGUGUCCCCACAGCUCCAACGUGCCUGUCCACUCGCCCGCUCCUUCCCAGCCCCUCUCCUCGCUGCUGUUUCCAACUCUGCCCUUUCCCCUAAAUUUGGGUUUUUAUUACAGAUCUAAAGCUCUUUCAAUUUUAUACUGAUUAAAUCAGUACUGCAGUAUUUGAUUACCAAGCUUCUGCAGAUUUU